CUGUGAUCAGUUCAUUGAUGUACCCUGAUGAGGAAUAAAAGAGGUUAUAAACAUGAGCAAUAUUUAUAUACAAGAACCCCCCACGACGGGCAAAGUAUUGAUGAAGACAACAGUUGGCGAUAUAGACUUAGAAUUAUGGACAAAGGAGGCUCCUAAGGCCUGUAGAAAUUUUAUACAACUUUGCAUGGAGGGUUAUUAUAACAAUACAAUAUUUCACAGAGUCAUAAAAGGCUUUAUAGCACAAGGUGGAGAUCCAACAGGAACAGGAGAAGGCGGUGAGAGUAUAUAUGGACAUCCUUUUAAGGAUGAGUUUCACACAAGAUUACGUUUCUGUCGGAGAGGUUUAGUUGCUAUGGCUAAUGCUGGUAAAGAUGAUAAUGGUUCCCAAUUUUUCUUUACCUUGGGCUCAACACCCGAAUUACAAAAUAAGCACACUAUCUUUGGCAAAGUUACUGGCGAAACCAUUUACAAUAUGCUCAAAUUGGAAGAUGCACUUGUAGACGAAAAUGAUAGGCCUCAGUAUCCACAAAAGAUUUUAAAAACGGAAGUGCUAAGUAAUCCAUUUUCAGAUAUUAUUCCAAGAGUAGUACCUGAGAGCAAACAAGACAACAAGGAAAGCAAAAAAGAUAAAAAAACUGGUGUUAAGAAUUUCAAGUUAUUGUCAUUUGGUGAAGAGGCUGAAGAAGAUGAAGAGGAAUCAUCAAUUUUGAAUAGACAAUAUAGCGGCAAAGGAAAAUCAGCACAUGAUUGCUUAUCCGAUCCAAAGUUAAGCUCGCAACCUGUAGUUGAACCAGCUGGACCACCAAAUAAAAAGAUCAAAGAGGAUCGGAGCAGCGAUUGGGAAAGUGAUGAUGAAACACGCGAUCCAGAAGAAUUGGCUGCUCUUGCAAAGGAAAAGGAAGCGAUAAAAGAAAGAAUAAAAAAUAAACUGAAGGAUUCUAAGACGACUUCCCAGUUAAAGCCGAAAAUUGAGAAUGAUGAGGUGAAAACUGAAGAAUUAAAUGAAGAUACAGAAAUCGAAGAAUAUUAUUUGGGAAAAGAUCGAGACGAAGAACGAAAGAAAAAGGCCGAAGCAAUAAGAAAAGAAAUACGCGAUCUAAAGCGAAGCGUGAAAAAUGAGAAGAAAGCAAAGGAGGCAGAUCAAAAACUUCAAUCUGAAAAGAAGGAAAGUAAAUCUGAAAUAAUGAAAGAAUAUAUAGAAACUCAGGAAAAAUAUAAAGAAGCAAAGACAAAAUUGCCUAAGAAGGGCAAAACGCGUGAGGAUUUCACGAUAGAACUGUUAAACAAAUUUAAAACUAAACUUCAAAACGCCAAGGAUAACAUUUCAGAUUCUGAUAAGAAAAUAUCGAACAAUAUCGAUGAAGAUGAUGAUCCGCAUGACGAAUCUUGGAUGGCACACGCUUUGCAUUGCGAAGAAAAGGCACCAGUGCUUGCCAAAGAUGCCAGCACGAAAAAUGACGAUUGGUUCGAGAUUUAUGAUCCUCGAAAUCCUUUGAAUAAACGACGAAGAGGAGAGAAAUCAUCUAAAUCUAAAGACGACAGCAAAGGCAAUAGUAGUCAUUCUCGUCAUAAAUAAUUAUCUGUAAUUUUUAUAAUAUCAUAAUUGAUUACUUGUGUAUUUAAAUAAUUAGUAUUUAUAAAAAAUAGAUGUACAUAAAAUCUAUGUAUAAAUUUUAUUUCUGCAAAAUAUAUUUUUUAUUGAUAACAUUUCUAUUGAUCUUGAAUUUAUUAGGAACGCGGCAAGAUAAUUUUUUCAAUGUCAAUAUGAAUAAUUUAGCUGCAAUUAAAUAAUCUUAUCGUCUAAGUGCACUUAGACUACUUUUUGCGUAUACGACCUCUUUUAUGAUGAGAUUGUCGUUACUUAUUCAAGUUACUAUUCAAUAUAAUUACAUAAUUCAAUGUGUCUAUUGAAUGUAUUGGAGAGGAAAAGAGAAGCGGAAAUCAAUGUGUGUAAUUUAGACUCCGAAAUAUAUUUGACAAAACAGUUGUUACUUCGCAAAUACGCGUAAUUAUGAGCAAUAUAAACAUGAUAUAAGAGCAUUACAUGCAGCAAGUUCUGUGUAGAUAGGUCGCCGAUCAAGAGUCUUCUUUAAUUCACUCGUAUAAAAGCGAUAAGGCGUUGAUACAAAACAUCGUAUGUUCGUUCGCAGAUUCAGUCGAUCUGUCGACAGAGACCAGUGCGAUACGCAUCACACGUUUUAUUUAAUUUGCAUCGAAUGGAAGAUAACAGCGCGUCGUUUUUUUAAUGAUAAACGAGUCUCGUAAAAUGAUGCGCUUCUAAUAAUAUUUCCUUCUUAUCCCGGAGUGUAAAUUAAUGUGCGAACGAAAAAACAAUAUCAUCAAAACUUCAAAAUUGAAAUUUAUGCUGCGUACAUCAAUCUAGUGUUAAGUUUUUGGCGUAAUAUAUGAAAAGUGAACAAAGUGAUAAUUAAAAUUGCCGAUUGAUAUUAUGUAACAUAAUUGACUACGAAGAGUAAAUAUUUAUAGUGGGCAUAGUGUGUGCGACUUUAAAGAAGUUUUACCUAUUUGCAAUUAAAGUGUGCGUGCCUAACUUUAAGAGAAGGAAGGUUCUGCAAUCUUCUGUAUCUCGAAUCUUAAGAGAGCGCGUCUAUGCCGUAAUCUUCUGAGGAAGAUGUCCACGACGCCUUUGAAAAUAGAUAUACUUGGUAGGAAUCUUUUCUUGGUAGAAUCUUAAUGAUUUAUCGUUACUUCGCGUCGAGAUGUUUUAAUAAUGUUCCCGUUAUCAGCUUGGCUGAAUGAUAAUGUUAACUAUAGAAACUAAUGUGAAGAGUAAAUCAACAAUUGUCACUGCGCAUAUAAAACUGCAACGCGGCGCGUCAUUGUUUGCUUUCCGAUGUAUUUCAAACAAUGAUAAUAUUUUUACAUGCAUUUUACAGAAAUUGCUUUAUAACGAUAUUCUUUUUCUAGAGCUUCUUAUGGAAGCCAUGAUUCAUUUGUUUAUAAUCUAAUCAAUCAACAGAUU